AGGAAAAUUUUGUGUAAAAACUAUUAUGUAAUUAACGUGCAUGUGUUGUGUGGCACGAUGAUCGAUUAUCUGUCGCUGUAAAGAAAAGGAGGCCUCCCCCCGUGACGAGGCAGUGACAGACGGUGGGAGUUCCCCAUGAGAGCGCGUCGCCAGCCGGUCUGCAGCGCGGCGUCCCUCGAGAGCCUGGCACUCGGAGCUGGCACGAGGCGGGGCACGCUGAGGAAGGCACCGCGGCACCUGUACCAUGCUGCUUCUGGAAUUAUGACGGUGACGUUGCUCCAGUGUGAGGGCGUCAAGAUGAGCCUCUUCCAGGACCUUAAACUAAAGCGCCGAAAGGUCGACUCCCGGUGCAGCAGUGACGGGGAGAGCCUGGCAGAGUCAUCCUCGUGCUCGCCAGACUCCGGGUCCUCAGGAGGGGAAGCCUCCUCCUGCAGCCCCGUCCAGCCCCAGCCACCCUCGGAGUCGCCUCGCGCCUCCCCCAAUCCGCGUCCACCCAACCCUGGGAGAUCGUCCCCUGACAGUGCUGGCGAUGAGUUUGUCGAGGUCAAGGCCUGCCAGGAGUCUGGCUUCAGCCAAGGUGAUGACACCCAUGACGCGCACGUGUUCGACGGUGGUGGAGUGCAGCCUGAGUCCUCAUCGGCGCCCACGCGGCCCUCGCAGACACCCCAGGGCCUGUGCCCCAUCCAGCAGUAUGUGGACACUGACCUGCCGGAGAGCAUGUCCACCACGCCGCCGCCACCCGACACCAGCGACCACGCCUCUGAAGUCACCUCGGCAUCAGCAGGUGGCGGCGCGUCACUCCCCCACCACAUGGAGACCUUGGAGCCGCCAAUCAGCACCCUCAGCGCCAUGCCACACACCCUGGCCGCCACCAUGGCCGGCCUCACCCCUGGGGUAGUUACCUCAGCGGGGCUGCGAGCAGGGCCUCCUAUCAGCGCAGCGCAGCCUUACUGGCACGGCGCCGCCAGCCGCAUUAACGGCGUGCGGCCAGAGUUCAUCAGCGGGGGUCUGGUGCAGCCCUCCCAGUCCACAGUGACCCCAGUGCCCACCCCCGCCGACUCCAGUAGGACGGGAUACUCGCCUCGCCUGCGCACGCCCACUGUCAUCAUGGGGGAAGCAGGAGGCGUUAAAACAAUGUUCUGGUCAACCCCUAAUGAGCUUCAGACCUCCGUGUCCCAGGCCCCCAGGGAGGUGCUAACGCGACCCACCACCCCGUGUGGCUACGGCGCUGACACCAGCGACGCGUCCGUGCGGGCUUCAGUGGACGGUCUCCUCACCCUUGGCCAGGAUAAGAGAGGCUCUCCCUCCCAGCUUUCCCCAACCAGCACCCUCUCCCUUUCCCCCGCUGCACGUUCCCCAAUAACUCAGACCUCGAGAUCUCCCCACACCCACACGCCAGUCCCGCGCUCCCCCUACGCGGGCGCCCCUUCGCCAGGGAACCAAGUGGUGAGAUAUUUAGGCUCACCACACAGCUCCCCGGGAGACUUACAACUGCUACACAGUGCCACGUACAUGCACUCCCCCAGCAGCGGAGACAGCCAGAGGCACCCAUCCACGCCCCUCAACAUGGAGCGGCUAUGGGCAGGCGACCGCUCCCAACUUCCCCACACUCAGCCAGACUCCCAAGCAGCUCUCAACCUCUCCACGGUGGGGAUGUGGGGUGCCCGCAACACUGUCCCCGCGCCCAGCCAACCCGCCGCCAUAGAUGAGGAGGACGAGGACCAGCCAAUGAUUUGCAUGAUAUGUGAGGACCGCGCCACCGGCCUUCACUACGGCAUUAUCACCUGUGAGGGGUGUAAGGGGUUCUUCAAGCGGACGGUACAGAACAAGCGGGUCUACACUUGCGUGGCGGACGGUGACUGUGAGAUUACCAAGGCGCAGCGAAAUCGGUGUCAGUACUGCCGCUUCCAAAAGUGUCUCCGGCAGGGCAUGGUGCUAGCAGCCGUGCGGGAAGACAGGAUGCCAGGGGGACGUAACUCCGGUGCUGUCUAUAACCUCUACAAGGUAAAGUACAAAAAGAAAAACAAGAAAAAUGGUCAGAUAAAGCAAGGAGGCACCAUGUCCCCAGAGAAGAAGAUGAGCCUGGACCCUCUGAUGAUGGCUGGCACCACCUCCCUCACCAGUGCCUCCCUCACCCUGCCCAUCCCCAGCCCCCUCACCUCCCCGCCUCCCAUCACAUCACCCCCCAUGCCCUCACCUCUUAACACUGGCCACAUCCUCAAAGCAGCUCUCACCAACCCAUCUGAGGUGGCUCACUUCCGACAAAAGUUGGACAACACUGUCUCCUCAACCAGAGAAAGAGUCAUGCCUUACCCAGUAGCACAAGCCAUGAUAAGGAUGCUGAUAGACUGUGAUGAUUUUGAAGACAUCGCAACAUUAAAGAACCUUGAUGAUUUACUCGAUCACAAGAGUGACUUAUCUACCAAGCUCUGUCAACUUGGGGACUCCAUUUCCAUCAAGCUGGUUCAGUGGACCAAGCGCCUUCCCUUCUACCAGGAACUUCCAGUGGAGGUUCACACCAGUCUCCUCACACACAAGUGGCACGAGCUGCUGGUUCUCACCACCUCAGCUUACCAGGCUAUCUACGGCCUUCAGAAGCUGGGCUCCAGGUCCUCAGAUGGCACUGAAGCUGAGUUUCAUCAAGAGGUGUCCAACAACUUGUGUACACUCCAAACGUGCCUCAACUCCAUGAUGGGCCGCCCCAUCACCAUGGAUCAGCUGCGGCAGGAAGUGGGCGUCAUGGUGGAGAAAAUCACCCACGUCACGCUGGCACUUCGCAAAAUCAAGAUACAGAUUGAGGAGUAUGUUUGCCUCAAGGUCAUUGCCAUGCUGAAUCAACCCCGGAGUGGCCACAAGGAGCUUGAAGUGAUCCAGGAAAGAUACAUGAAUUGCUUACGCUCCUUCUGUGAGACCCACUACCCCUCCCAGCCCUCCAGAUACCAGGACCUGCUAGUCAGACUCCCAGAUAUCCAAGCAGCAGCAGCAAAACUGUUAGAAACCAAGAUGCUCUAUGUUCCUUUCUUGUUGAACUCCACCAUCAACAGAUAGCAAUAAACCACCACCCAGCCACUGGAGCCAGUCGUUGCCUGCAAGGCGUCUCAUAGUGGACCACAUGCCGUCCUGCGUCUGCUUUGGCCCCUCUGCUAGGGGUCUUGCGGCCUCUCAUCAUCACCAUUGCAUCUGUCAGCCAACCCUACUUUGGCUUGUGCCCACUGUGGUCAGUCCAUGAAGUUACCAAUGUCUGCAAGGUGCGUGAUAUUUAUGAAGUGACAAUCUAGCCAGAGCAUUUAUUUUGAUAAAGUUUUUUUUUUUUUUCUGGUGGUUGUGCAACCAACUUAACUGUGAUGGGAGUGUGUACCAGUUUCCUGUGACAAUUUCAAUUUUUUGUAUAAAUUUAUCUUUUUCUAAGAUUUCCCUAGAUACAUUACCAAAGGUUUUUCCUUUUAGAUUUUUAAGGGUUUAUGAUGGGAAGAAAAUUCCUAGAAGCCCAGAACACAAAUACUUAACUGCUGUGCAACUGACAAGUUGUGCAAUUACUUGUGGUAUAUUUUCUCUGCUCUUUUCACCAUCUAAUGAAAAUAUUACUAGUCGCAGAAAAGUAUGUCUACUUAAGCAAAGAGUUCUAGUUUUAUAGUGUUCAAGAUUGACCCAGCACAAGAAAACUUCAAAAGUUGUCCAUGAGUGUUCCCAAGUGAGUCAGUGAUUCAAGUACAUACCUGGUGAGGGAGAGAGGGGCUCACUUACUGAAAAGCCAUCCACAGCUCCCACUGAUAAGCUACGUGUCUGUGAUGAACCACUGCAUGAGGGAGGACUCUUCAUGGCACGUGCUGAUACCAUGGGCUGUGGAGGCUCGCUACAGGAGCAGUAUUGCAUGGACAUAUUUACUCUUAGUAUUACAAACAGUAACAAGGAUACAGUUCCUAGAAAGAUCCUACUAACAGUUUUUUCAUGCACUGAUCUUCAAUGUGCUAAGAGAAUUCUUCUAUGUCUUGUAAAACACAUCACUUUUAAUUGUUAAGGUUUAUACAGAUGAUUUGUAUCUCAGAGGCACAAGUUAAACCAAGGUCUUGUGCUGCCAUAUAAGUGUACCAUUUAUACAUUUAUUAAGAAUAAAAUAUUUCCUAGAGAUAAUAUGUGGGAAAAAUAGAAGUUUAUUAUUGAGUAAAUUUUUGUAAAUACACUUUUACAAAGGAAUCUUUUGUUUGUACAGUUUUCGGUACUAGAGCUGGUGUAUGUUGUGACAGUGUGAAUGUGCAGCUGUGUGUCUGGCGGCAGGACACCAGUGGAGGCAGCUUGCAGGGUACUCAGCUCAGAAUCCAAACCUAACGAAGCACUAAAGGCAAACUUAACUAAGCACCUUCCUCAAGUUUUUUACCACACACACUUCUUUGAGAUAUCUGUACAUGCAUUUCUCCUUGACUUCAACUUUGUAGUCUUGUUUCUGUUGAAGAGAACAAUGUAGCUCAAUGCAGAAUUCAUCAAUGACAAAAUUUCCUCAUGGGUAUCUGCUGUUUUCUCUCAAACCAUUAAACUUUUUACUGGUCAAAUAAGCAAAAGCUUGCACACAAACUUUAUUAUUAUACAUCUAGAUUUUCUUUAUAUUGUUAUUAUUAUUAUUAUUAUUGUUGUUGUUAUUAUUAUUAUUAUUAUUAUUAUUAUUAUUAUUAUUAUUAUUAUUAUUAUUAUUAUUAUUAUUAUUAUUAUUAUUAUUAUAAGAAAAAUUUUGUUACACACCUUCAUGAGGGUUUUUACUUGAAUGGUUUAUUAGCACAGUUACCUGCACUAGUCUUUGAUCUCAUGUUAUCUAUAAAUAUAUAUACAUACACAUAUAUAUAUACAUAUAUUUCCUUGAAAAAAAAAAAACAUUUUUUGAAGCUAUAAUAAAAAUAUAUCUUUAUCACUGGGGAACCAUUGGCAUUUGGGGAGUCAGUGGGCCAAGACCACCUAUGACUGAGUACACUGUAAGCUGACUCUUUAGUAUAGUCAAGCAAUCAAAUUUGUUGCUUCUAUAUUUAAAGAAAUAUACAAGUGAAUUUUA